AUGAGAAAUGUUGUACUGAAGAAGGAGAUGAAGUUCCCUAAUGCAAAGGUGUUCAGAGCUGCUUUGAGGGAAUAUACAAUCAAAAAACCUAUUGACAUCAAAUUCAAGUUUAAUGAGAGGACCAAGAUAUCAGUUCACUGCAAGAAUGGGUAUGGGUGGAGAUGUUAUGCAUCUCAAAUAAGUGGAGAGCUAACAUUUCAAAUUAAGACAUUGAUUGAUGACUGUACUUGCCCCAAGUCUUUUAAAAACAGCCAAGCAACAUCAGCUUAUGUUGCUAAGAGGUUCAUUGAGGAUUUUAGCAAAAAUCCAAAUUGGGAGGUGAGUGGUGUACACAACCAUGUGAUGCAAAAUUUAUCUGUUGACCUAAGUAUAAACCAAGUGUAUAGGUUAAAGAGAAAGGCAAAGAAUUUGAUAAAUGGAGAUGAGCAACUGCAAUAUGGUGUCCUUAGGGACUAUGCACAAAUGAUAACCACUGUAGACAAGGGGAGUAGGGUUAUACUGCAGAUAGAAAUGGCUGAUGAGACUUCCCAGCCAAAAUUUAAGAAGAUGUAUGUUAGGUUCAAUGCUCAGAAGGUAGGAUUUUUAGGUGGAUGCAAGCCAUUUAUAGGUUUAGAUGGUUGUCAUAUAAAGCACAGAUUUGGUGGGCAAAUCUUAUCUGCCACUGCCAAUGAUGCAAAUGACAACAUUUUUCCAAUAGCCAUGGUUGUUGUGGAACAAAAAACUAGAGAGUCUUGGAUAUGGUUUUUGGAAAUUUUUGCUGAUGAUAUAGGGAGGCCAGAAGAGUUUCAGUUGGUCUUCAUUUCUGAUAGGCAAAAGGGGCUUAUACUUACAAUAGAGACACUGUUCCCUACUGUGGAGCAUAGAUACUGUGUGAAACACAUCUACAAUAAUUUCAAAAUUGAUCACAAGAGAUUGGAGCUGAAGGAUGCAUUGUGGAGGUGUGCUGCUGCCACAACAGUAAGGGAGUUUGAGAGAUGCAUGCAGUACAUAAGGGAUUUUGAUGAAAAGGCAUAUGAGUAUCUUGCAAACAUUGCACCUGCACAGUGGACAAGGUCACACUUUACUCCCAGGGCCUUAACAGAUUGUUUGGUAAAUAAUUUGAGUGGGUCUUUUAAUGCAAUGAUAUUGAAGUCUAGGGACAAGCCUAUCUUUGCAAUGUUGGAGUGGAUUAGGGUUAGACUUAUGACUAGGUUUUACACAAAAAGGAAAGGGAUACAGAAGUAUGCUGGAAAGUUGUAUCCAAGCAUACAAGAUAGGUUGGAGAAAUUGAAGGUUGAAAGUCAGUCAUUUAGUGCUACCCCAGCUGGCAGUUUCCUUUAUGAGGCAAGGGGAGGGGUGCCUGCACCUAGAUCUGCACCUCAGCCUGCACCCCAGCCAUCAUACCAGCAACCUACCCAGACCUACAACAUAAUGUCUGCCACUCAGCCUUCAUCCUCACAGCAAGGAAAUCAACCUAGGCCAUCUCACAGGAGAGCAGGAUGGUUCUCUUCCUCACAACUAGAGUUUCACACACCUAGGGAGACUUGGGAUACCUUACCAAGUUCUUCACAGCCUUCACAUGCAAAUAGGAGUACUGGUGGUGAGAGGACUAGAGGACAGCUUGCUGCACAAAGGCCACCAAAAAUGAAUUCAGUGGGUGGAAAGAGGAAAGAGUAA